GCGUAAGAUUUUAUUUAAAAGAUGGCAACGGUUUGUCAACAAGAGCAAAGUUUUGUCUGUGCUAUCUAUAGAUUGUUGAAUUUUAAGAAGAACAUAAAACAUGAGAAAUGUAAUAAAAGAUAUGAAAUUGAACGAAGAAUGCUAAGUGAUCAAAAAUAUUUAUUGCAUUCUAGAAAAUUGUAAUUCAUAUCGAAUUUACGAUUUCACACAUUACAAUAUAAGUGUGACGUUUAUCAAAAUGGCACUAGAAGAAGAUGAAAACACCUGGAUAUUGGAACUAGAAGCAGCUUUACUUGAUACUGAAGCACCAUCUGCAUCUGAUAUAUACGCAAUUUGUAAAGGACGGUCUGUUCCUAUAAAUUUAAGACCUGAUAUAUGGCAAGCUUGUUUAGAUGUUAUUGAUCGGGGUAAUCAAUUAAAUCAGUUUAAUGAAGUAUUUGAUUUACCAGAACAAAAUAUUAUACGUGAUGAUUGUCAGCAAUUAGUUGCAAAAUUAGGAAAUGAUGAUGAAGACAAAGUUUCUGUUGUUUCUGAUUUAGAAUCUAUUUUAACAUUUUAUUGUAAGAGUAAAGGGAAACAAUAUAAAAGAGGAAAUGGUUGGAUAGAAUUAUUGGGUCCUUUAGUAGCUCUAAAACUUCCACGAAGUGCAACAUAUAAUUUAUUUGAAGCAAUAAUAGACUUUUAUAUUCCUAGAGGUGAAACAUAUAGUUCAGUGUUAAGAUUAUUAUUACUUUAUCAUGAACCAGAAUUAUGUUCUUUCUUGGAUACAAAAAGGGUAUCUCCUGAUCAGUAUACAAAGGGAUGGGUAACAACUUUAUUUGCUGGAGUAUGUUCAUUGCCAGCUGUUUGUACAAUGUGGGAUUUAUAUUUUAUGCAAGCUGAUCCAUUUUUCAUGUUAUUUCUUUCACUUAUUAUGGUAAUUAAUGCUAGGGAGCAAAUCUUAAGUAUGACAGAUAAUGAUAAGCAGAGUAUAAUAGAUGCCAUUGCUGCUAUGCCCUGUGCAUUAGAAGCAGAAGAUGUGACAGAUUUUUGUUCAUUGGCACAGUAUUAUGCAAUGAAAACACCAUCAUCAUUUAAACAAGAUUUAUAUCCUAUUAUGUUUGGUGAUAGUUUCGAUGAAAAAUGUAUAUCACAUGCACUUUGUUUACCUGUAUCAGCUCAAGAAUUAGUUGAGAAUUCAAUCGAGAAUCCGUCCACACCUAAUAUUUCUGUUGAAUCUGUUAGAUUUUUUUUAGUAGAUUGUAGACCUGCUGAACAAUAUAAUGCAGGGCAUCUGCCAACUGCAUUUCAUUUAGAUUGUAAUUUGAUGCUGCAAGAACCUGCUGCUUUUGCUACAGCUGUACAAGGAUUAUUGCAGGCACAACGACAAGCAUUAGCUGUUGGAUCACAAGCUGGUGGUGAACAUCUUUGCUUUUUGGGAAGCGGUAGACAAGAAGAAGAUCGUUAUACACACAUGGUAGUUGCAUCUUUUUUACAAAAACAUACUCAGUAUGUUAGUAUGGUUACAUCAGGAUAUCAAGCUAUACAUGAAUAUUUUGGUGAUGAAGUAGUUUCUAGUCUUGUCGAUCAUAAUUCACAAUAUUGUUUAGUGUGUAGUGCUAAUAUUUCGGAGACAAAUUCAAAUGAAACAAGUCCUGCCAAAGUUAAAAAUAAUAAUUCCGAUUUUUUUGGAAAAAUCAAAAAAGUAAAAGGAAAAUUAUUUGAUUACAUUGUUAAUCCAUCUGCAAGCGUUCAUAAUAAUGUGGAAAAUAGAAAUGGCAAAGAAUUAGAAUAUAUCAAACGUCAAAAAAAGACGGCUCCAGUAUUUAGUAUAGAUGAUGAUCAAGAAUUAGAUAUGACAAUGACGAACAAUGAAAGUGAAGAACCUAUUGAAGUUGUUUCUAUUCAACAGUGGAUGAAAGAUCCAAAAUUAUUACAUUCCUUUAAAUGUCAAGAAGUGAAAGUUAAUGGAGAUCUCUGUGAUAGUAUACUUUUGGUUACUGAUACUUAUCUUAUAGUACUUCGAGAAAUACAAGAAAGAAAAGGUGCAGCUCAUGUAAUUGUGAAACGUCCAUUAACGAGUAUUGUUAAAAUAACAUCUAGAAAGAGACAUUCAGAUUUGAUUACAUUUAAAUAUGGUACAACGCAAUAUAAUGAUACAGUUAUUUCAGAUAUGGAUAAAUUUCUUAUUCCUAACGCGAGUGAGGCUACUAAAUUAAUUACACAACAGAUUUUAAAACAAUUGAAAACAUCAAAUUGAUGUUAAGUAAAAAAUUACGUGUAAUUAAAUUUAUUUGUUUUAAAUCAGUUUUAUGGACUAAAAAGAGUUGACAUUUUUUUAUUUGUUGAUUGAUUACAAUUUUCUUAACUAAAUGGUACUACAAAUAUUGUAUAAUUAAAUAAUAUAUAAUUAUAGUAUAUUUUUUAUUAGUAUGAUUUAAAAAAAAAAGAUUUUAAGAAUAACCUGAGUGUUUCAUAUAUGAAAUUAACACGAUGUAUCAUCGAUAAGAUGGCCAAUAUGGUUCGUACUUGGAUUCUAAGAUUUUGGUGAUUUUACUAAGUCAUUACUUUUAAUAAUUAUAUUUGCGUUUAUAAUCUUUCUUUACCUAUUUUCAGAAAUAUUUCACUUACAUGAAACAGCAUUUUUGGCAUUUCUUUUUGUAAUAAUAUCAUAUUAAUAUUAAUAAUAUUUAAUUUAGUUUACUAUUUAAUAUAUACUUUAUUAUGGCUUUAUUAUAUUAUGGCUAAACAGUGGCCUUAUGAAACUGAAUAGGAGAGGUAAUGGACUCUGCAAAUCAUUGAUAUGAUUAUCUACAAUGGAAUAUAACUGAAGAUUGAGUGCCAUGAACCAAACUAUUGUUUUUUUUUUUUAUAUAAUAUGAUUCGUGACAUUGAUAUUUAUGAAUAUUAAAUAAUUAAUUUCUUUUUUUUUUGACAGAAAAAAAAACUAUGAAUUAUAAGCUAAUCUGUCAUUUUAUGCAUAUAUUUCUAUAUAACAUCUGUAUGUUAUAGUUGGUCCUAACAUAAUACGAUUCGAGAAAUGGUUAUAAUAUUUACAUUUUGUAGUAAUAGUCAGUAAAUGUCUUUACAAAAUAUUUACAGAAGGUACAAAAUAUAUUGAAAAGUAAACAGUUAUAUCACUUUUACAGGCAUACUUAUUACACUGCCUGAUUU